GAAUCUUGUCCUAGACACAUCUCAGUAAAUCUGAAAAAUUGCCAACGAGCAGCAGAACAUCGAAAAAUUAAACAAACAAUUAAUUAAUAUUGUUAUAAAUAUUUUAAAAAAUAAUUAAAUACUUGCAAAAAAUCACCAUGUACGACGACGAGCCCAUCUCAAGCUUUGUGUUCACCAACGAGGCCACCACACAGACCUUUCACCAUCAGUGGUUUGCCCAGGGCCAGUUGCAUGAGUGCGCCACCUGCUACAGCUCCAUCGAUGCAGAUGAGCCGCCAUCCCAGCAUUGGCUGCGAGGUGGAGAAGCCUCGCAGGGUCUGCAGCUAACGAAACAGCAACAGGCUGUCCUCGACAUCAUUGAAGCCCGUCAGAUCGAAACGUUCUUCUUCUGCGACGAGAGCUCCAGGGAUAAGCAUGACCACUUCAUGGGCGAGACCUGUGCCCGAGGUGUUCCCGAGCUGCUCCGCUGGAUGUUCCAGAACAACACCAUUGCCGUGGAGUUCAACCUGGCCUGCUAUGUAAAUGCCAUGGAUCAGGUGCUUAUCUUUCAGAGUGGCUCUCUCAAGGUGGAGCAUCACUACGACGUGGAGGAGUGUGUGAGCGUGGUCUACGAGAUGCUAAUGCAGAGGAUUGAAAACUAUCUGAACUGCAGCUGCGAGUACGGCAUGGACGAGUGCAGCAUCACCAGGGUGCGGGUGCAAGUCAAGCGGAUACGAGUUGAGGUGGAGAGUCCCGGAUCCACACCCUUUGCUCUGCCUCUGCAAUUGAGACAGGAGGAGGAGGAUCUGCCCGCCACAAGCACAAGCGAAUCAGAGCUGGCCAUCCUGCGUUCCGCCUACCUGAAGCACUACCGCGAAUGCAACGGCUACUUCCCGCCCAACAUGCGGGUGAAUCUGUACGGGCUGCAGCAGUGCAAGACCACCAAGGAGUUGUAUGUGGUGCCUUACCAUGUCAGCGAGACCCUGCAGCAGUUGCCCAACAAGAACUUCCUCAUCCUGAACAACAUCAUGGGUCAAUUUCAGCGCCUGCAUGAGCUCUCCACGCCCGUGAAAUCCAUCGAAAGGGAUCCCUCUGGUUCACCUCUGAAAAACCUCCAAUGCCGCCGGUGUCGCACACAGUUCACAAGGAGCAGCAAGUUGCACAUUCAUCAGCAGCUACAUUGCGGCCAGGACUUCUCCGUGGACAGCAUGCACGCCGAUAUUGUGGAGAUCUACGAGCAGUGUCUGCCCAUCUCGAGGAGCGUCUUUCAGUAUGCCUGCUAUGGCAUUACCAAGCCAAAGACCGUGAUGCGAAAGGGUCAGUUCGUGCCCAUUGAGUGCGACUGGCGCAGCGAGAGUUCCGUAAAGGUGCAGCAUGGUCCCUGUGUGGUCAUCAGUAAUGCCCAGCACAAUAGUCCUUGUAAAUAUUAUUAAAUAAAAGUACAUUAUUAAGCA